AUGGCGCCGGCGUACACAUGUGCAGAUAUUGGUGUGAAUGUGGGCGUGUCCACAGAUCAUGUGACUCCAGAGUUUAUAGAGGUGUACGAUGGAAACACAUUCCACGUCCACAGAGACCCACACAGUCCACACCUACAGAGACCCACACAGUCCACACCUACAGAGACCCACACAGUCCACGUCCACAGAGACCCACACAGUCCACACCUACAGAGACCCACACAGUCCACACCCACAGAGACCCACACAGUCCACGUCCACAGAGACCCACACAGUCCACACCCACAGAGACCCACACAGUCCACGUCCACAGAGACCCACACAGUCCACACCCACAGAGACCCACACAGUCCACACCCACAGAGACCCACACAGUCCACGUCCACAGAGACCCACACAGUCCACACCUACAGAGACCCACACAGUCCACACCUACAGAGACCCACACAGUCCACACCCACAGAGACCCACACAGUCCACGUCCACAGAGACCCACACAGUCCACACCCACAGAGACCCACACAGUCCACGUCCACAGAGACCCACACAGUCCACACCCACAGAGACCCACACAGUCCACACCCACAGAGACCCACACAGUCCACGUCCACAGAGACCCACACAGUCCACACCCACAGAGACCCACACAGUCCACGUCCACAGAGACCCACACAGUCCACACCCACAGAGACCCACACAGUCCACGUCCACAGAGACCCACACAGUCCACACCCACAGAGACCCACACAGUCCACGUCCACAGAGACCCACACAGUCCAUGUCCACAGAGACCCACACAAUCCACACCCACAGAGACCCACACAGUCCACGUCCACAGAGACCCACACAGUCCACACCUACAGAGACCCACACAGUCCACGUCCACAGAGACCCACACAGUCCACGUCCACAGAGACCCACACAGUCCACGUCCACAGAGACCCACACAGUCCACAUCCAGAGGCAGAUGUAAAUGUUUCUUCACUUUCACACUAA